AUGGCCCGCGAGGUCGGCCUCCGCGCGGGCGAACAAGGCACGACGCUCAACCUGAGCUACGAAAAACUCCUCGCGGGGUACCUCCAGAAGUGCGCGGGAGGGGAGUCCGCCGGGCGGUUUUUUUGGCCCCCAGACCUCCUCCUCCUCCUCGCGGAGAUUCAACACAAACGGGGGGAGUUGGCACUCUAUGCCGGGUACGCCAACGCGAUUGAUGACAUGGCCGAGGUCCUGGACGUCAUCAGCGCGAGCUGCAGCUUCGUCUACGGCACCCUCGUCUCGCAACUCCUGCAGCUGAUGAGCCUCCAGCAGCGGUUUGACUUCAGCGGGAUUCUACAGCGCUCGGCAAAGCUGUUGGCGGCGGCGGAGGCCGUCGGCUUCACCCAUCUCGCUGAGAGCAUCCGCGUUCGACAAGCCACCACGCUGCGCUGUACGGGGCAGUGGAUGGAAACGUUGGAGUUGCUGCAGCAGCUCCAACACACGUCGCCGCUCUUCGAGCCUUGGCAGCUCCUUACCCGGCUGACGGCCGGAUGCGAAGCGCUGCUCGCCUCUGCAGCCCUGCUGCCGCACACCGACGCGAUAACGACGACGGCAACGGAUGUGGUGGGGCGGUUUUUGCAGGAGGGAAUUCGGGAGCUCCAGGUGAGAGGCUACUUAGGGAUGCUCGAGGAGGUGCUACAGCGGCACUUCUCAGCAAAGAACGAGGGAAGGAAUGAGUCUGUUGGGGUCUCCCUACCAGAACUGCUCUGCAUCCACGCCUCAGCUGCGCGCUCGAUUGACAUAUUCCUUUCCGGUAAGUUUUCUGAUCCACACGGCAUCUCUUACUGUUCGAGUUCCAUCCAAACCUGCUCGCGUCAGUUGUCUGAGGUGCUCUGUGAAAGACAUCAAUUGCGACAUGUGCACGAAUGGUUUUCUCAGCGAGGUGCCUUGGAAAUCUGUGAGAUGCUGCUUAAUGGAGAGUUAGGAAUGCAUGACAGUUAG